UUCAUUAUCUCGAGUAAAAAUAGAAACAAUGUAGGACCAUUACAUAGUCAGGACAGCAAUGUUUUUGCAAUGGUGCAAACCGCUGUUGUUGUUGCAACGAAAGGAAAUAAUUAUUGAAGUCAAAUGAUACAAAAAUGGACGUCCAGUAUUAUUUUGCCUGCUUGUUACUUAUGUUUAUACACAGGCUCAGAGCAGCCUCAUUCUUUGGAGACAGUUACUUGAACCUUCCAUUUGUAAACAGUAGAGAUGUGGAGCUAAAACUCCGGUUUUUGACCUGGCAGUCACAUGGUUUAUUGUUUUUGGCGAGGGGAUCCACGGAUUACCUGUACCUGUAUCUACAGGAUGGGCAUGUCCAGAUUGAAGGAGACUUCGGAUCUGGAUCACUGACCUGGAAAUCCCAACAGACAAAGAAUGAUGGGAACUGGCAUCACCUUCUAAUCAAGCAAAAUACCCAGUAUUUAACUGUCACUCUGGAUGCCUCAGAGAGUCAGAUAAGUAUACCUGGAAAGUUCCAUGAGCUGAAUGAAAAUGAAGUCUUUGUGGGUGGAAUGCAGAAGACCACAAGUUUUUCCAAAAAAUGGUCAUAUUUUCGUGGUUGCUUGGGAGAUGUGGAGUUCAGCAAGUAUGAUAUUAUAAGCAAUGCCCAAAAGUUGCCCAGUUCUGGGGCAGUGCAUCACCUGUCCUGGGACUGUACCAUGGAAAUUAAAGCCCAGUCAUCCUCACCAAUCCAUUUUCAUUCUAAUGCAUCUUUUGCUGCUUUUCAUCACCUACCAUUUACAACCACUGGAACCAUUUCUGUACAGUUCAAAACUUGGACCGAAAAUUCACUUUUAUUAUUUAAUCUUGCAAGGAAAAACAAUAAAGAUUUGUUGGCUAUUGAAAUAAUAUCAAAGAAGCUUAAAUUGACUUUGAACAAAGGAGGUGACAAUGUUGUGAUUAAUUCAGAUUUGAUAAUCAGUGAUGGAAUGUGGCAUUUACUCAGCAUACAGUGUAAAGAUAAAGAGGUGAAAUUUUUGGUGGAUAAAUCUGAACAAUCGGCAAUGUUUGAUGAUAAAAGCAGAAGUAACUUUGAAUUUUCUGGGCAUUUUUUCCUGGGAGGACUAACAUCCCAUGUGUUAGCUCAUGCUGUGGAUCAAAAUAUAGAAUCCCUUUCAAAACCUCCUAAUCAAGGGCAUUAUAUUGGAUGUGUAAAAAAUUUAUCAAUUAAUUCAAAAUUGUAUGGAUUUCAACAAAUGCAACUUAGCCAUGAUCUUGAUACAAACUGUGGAAAUGUGUCAGAGUGCAUUCAAAAUUGUCAAACUACAACCACCCAAUCAACAUUCAGAUCCCAUAAUUCCACACCAGCUUACGAAGACCAGUAUGUUGAAGUCAGAGGAGUUACCCUCAAAGAAGGAACAGAAAAAGUGAUUACCACCGACAAUAUUUUUGUUCUAGUGGAUUACAAGGAACUUAAAAUUCGGGAGUCGGCAAUUCAGUUUGAUUUGAUGCGAUUUCCAAAACAUGGACAUCUGUUAAUUGACCUUGGUAGAAGAAGAAGAAACAGGGAUGUUUUUACACUUCUGGAUUUGCAGGGGAGAAAAGUGAGCUAUGUUCAUGAUGGAUCAGAGACCACAAGAGAUGAAGUCACCCUUAAUAUGAAAAUAGCUACAGAUACAUAUGAUAUUGCAGAGAUGCAGAAAUCCUAUACUUUCUUGUUACCAUUCUACAUAGAACCAGUGGAUGAUAAGCCUAAAUUAAACUUACUUAACAGUACUCAAAAUGAAGUGUCAUUAAAUAUGGCCAAAGACACAAAGCUGAGGAUCACUAAAUCUAUUAUUGAAGUCAUUGAUCCAGACUCUUCACCAGCUAAUUCUCAGAUAUCAGUAGUGUGUACCCCAAGAAUUGCCGGCAAGUCUCCUGGUCACUUUAUGGAAUCAGAUACACCUACCCAAGAAAGAUCAAAAUUCGCAUAUCAAGAAAUUUUAGAUGGCAAGAUCUGGUUUUCCUCAGGCCCUGAUUCAUCGUCCUGCUUGCUGACCAUUGGAGGGUAUUCAAAAAGGUUAGACAUUAAUGCUGUGGAUGUUUCCCUUCACCUUGAAAACACAGGCAUUAGAGUCACGCAGGGCAGCCAUGUUGUCAUAAGCAAUAUGAAUGUGUUGGUCACCAAUAAUGUACCAAUCCAAGGACUGGAAAUCAGGUACCGAAUCACCACUCCUCCAGAAUUUGGAGACAUUCAGAGAAGGAUGUAUUCUAAUGAUUCCUGGCAAAGUGUGGACACCUUUGCACAGCGCCAUAUUGAUAAUAAUCAAAUACGAUAUAUAAAUAGAGACAAACAGUACCUUGUACAAUAUGACAGAUUUUCAGUAGAAAUCUCUGUGCUAAACACAACCAUAAAAGGCCUUUUGUAUAUUUUAGUAGAUCGACUUAAAAUUGAAAUUGUCGGCAUCAAUAAAGUGACAAUUCAACAGAAUCAAUUCAAAAUUAUCUCAAAAGAGGAGUUACAAGCUAAAACAAAUGACCAAUGGUACAAGGCCCAAAACAUCAAGUUUGACAUUUUGAGAAGACCACAUAGAGGAAAUCUUUAUCGAAUUCAUCACAGCAACAUUUCAGAGGAACUAAUUACUGAGAUGACUCCACUGUCAAACAGCGAUAUCUUCAGCCAGGAGGAUAUUAACAGUGGAUAUAUUGUUUAUCGUCUGCACCGCAUGACUUACGAGAAAGUGACAGACUUCAUCGAUUUCAGAGUUACAGCUCCGCCAGCCAUUCCCAAGCUGAUGCGACUAAAUGUGGAAUUUAUUCCUCGUCAGACACAAGUGCGAUUGACAAACAACUUGUUGGAUACAGUUCUAGAGGGAAAAGAAGAAGUGAUUACAAAAGACUUUUUGUACCUAGAAACUGAUGACUAUCAAAAUUUUGAAUUUGAUGUGGUGGAUUUUCCAAAACAUGGGACUUUGAAACUAAAGAAUGGAUACAAGGGAUUUGUACGACUAAGAAAAAAUGAAAUUGCAAGAUUUUCUAAUGCAGACAUAAAAAAUGAUAGACUUGUGUAUGAACACGAUGAUACAGAAAAUGACAGGGACAGCUUUGCUUUUGUUGCAUCUCCAAUCCUAACCUCAGCAACUACAUUCCCAGCUAAAGUACAGGAAUUCAGUGGAAGAUUCCACAUCCGUGUAAUCAUGAAAAACGAUAAUCCACCAAGAAGAGAAGUGGAUAAGCCUUUUAGGGUGGUAUCCAACAAGGAGAGGCUAAUUACAGUAGAUGACCUCAGUUUCUCUGAUCCAGAUAUGAAUUAUAAUACCAUGGAUUUAAGAUAUGAAAGGGAGAAAAUUCCAAAUGGUGAAAUUGUUAACAGUGAAGAUGGGAAGGCUGUAUUGACCUUUACUCAAGGAGAUAUAGUCAAAGGAAAAAUCAAAUUCCGCCAUCAUGGAGAAGAAAAUGCCAAGGUGUUGAUGAAAGUUUAUGACGGGAAUUACAUUGAACAUUUCUUGUUUAGCAUUCAAGCAGGGAGUCCUUAUAUUGCAGUCCAGAAUAACACAGGGGCGUAUGUUCAGGUCGGCGAAGAUGUUAACAUUAGUACUUAUAAUCUGAGUAUUGAAACCAAUGUGAAUGUGAAGCCCGAGGAGGUAUCAUUUGUAAUGAUAGAGGAACCAUUACAUGGCAACCUGAAAAUAAAUGGACAAACUCUGACUCAAUUCACAUUAAAGAACUUGAUGGAUGGGUCAGUGAAAUACAGACACACCCAUGGAGGAAUGGGUCAGGAUUACUUUAAGUUUGCAGUUGUUGCCGGGGAAGCCAGAACACAGGGUCAGUUCAGGAUUCAUAUUCUGCAGGGUACACCAUCACAGAUCCCAAGAGUGAUCAAUAACAAUGUACUUCAAGUUCAGAGCUUAAAAAGUAGUGUCAUCAGUAGAUCUCAUUUAGAAGUCUUUAGCUCACUGUCUCAGCCAUCAUCCAUUGUGUUCACUGUCCAGAGCAGACCCAGAUAUGGAGCAAUAUAUGUUACAUAUAGAUUUGGAAGUAGACAGCAGAGUAGCUUCACCCAGUGGGAUAUAAACUCUGGAGCGGUCUCCUACAGACAUACGCAAAAAGGUCACAGAACAGACUUCUUCACUUUUGAUGUGGCAGAUGGAGUCACAGGUCAAAGGUUACGAGGCCUGACCUUUGGCAUUGAGGUCUUACCCCCACCAUUAGACAUUGAAACCAGGAACCUGUCUAUCAGAGAAGGAGGAAAGAAACCAUUGUCACCAGCUGAUAUUGUUUUAAAAUUCACGUCUCCAACAAACCAGACUGUCGUCUUUCACGUGGUGAGACAGCCAAGGCAUGGCCAUCUAGAAUUAAUCGAAAAGAGAAACGAGGCACUGUCCACUUUUACAAUGGACGACUUGAGGCAAGGGAGGGUUUAUUACGUUCAUGAUGGAAGUGACUCCAAGUUUGAUGAAAUGGUCAUCAAAGGUCAGAUGGGGGGUAAAGAGGAAACAGACGACCAUCAUUUGUACAUCCACAUCGAUGCUGUGAACGACGAGGCCCCUCAGGUCAUCACAAACAAGGGCCUGACUCUGUGGCAGAGCUCCAUGGCUUUGAUUUCUAAGGACAUCUUGUAUGCUGAGGACCCUGACACACCAGAAGAAGGUGUGUGGUACUCUGUGACCAAACCGACCAAUGGCAGGGUGGCAUUCCUCAACAACACAUUCAAAGACAUCACAAGAUUUACCCAACAGAGUGUUAAUGACGGCCAGGUGGUGUUUGUACACGAAGGUGGCAAUUCUGGUAGUUUCUGGUACCACCUGAGUGACGGUCAAAACAGCAAUGCCAACCGAAUGCAGUUCCUCAUCACAACCAGAAAACUGGUGCUCACCGUGGUCAACAAUAAACCGCUCCAGGUCCACCCAGAGCAAAUCCAGAGAAUCACCACGGACCACCUCCUCAGCCGCACCAACAAUCCAAACCAGACCAAAGACAUCACAUACCACGUGCCAGUGAAACCGGAAAAAGGUCGUCUCAUAACCAGGAUUAACAAUCGUGUGGUACCAGUCGUUUCAUUCACCCAGAAAGACAUAAAUGAUGGACAGAUUUAUUAUCAGCACGAAAGUGUCAUGCUGUCAAUUGAGGACACAGAUAAAUUUGUUUUUGAAGUGAAUACAGUUUAUGCAGAGACUGUUAAAAACCAGGUGUUUAACAUUGCGAUAUCUUACAGCAGUCAGAGCAACCGCGGCAAAAUCCGGCUUCGGAAACUGACUUUGGCUGAAGGGGACCAAAAAAUUCUGUCCAAGUCAAACCUGGAUAUUUCCACUUAUGUGAGACAGCUGGAAGCAUCUGGUAGGGUUGUGUCUGCUAUGUACUCCUUAGUGAAUGUUCCUAAACAUGGCACUCUGACUUGGAGAGGAGGAAAUGCUUUGAGAGAAUUAAGCAACUUUACCCAGGAGUACAUCAACUUGAACAGAAUUGUCUACCACCAUGAUGAUUCAGAGAGCAGAAAUGAUAGUUUCAGUUUUCUAGUGUAUUUGGACAUGAAAUAUGGAUCAAGUGAAGAAAUACAGAUUCUUGAGGAAACCUUUCCCAUUGAGAUUAACCCAGUGAAUGAUGAACCAUUUUAUUUUGUACCAGACAAUCCAGUGUUAGAGGUAACAGAGGGUGGUAGUACGGUUGUGGAUGCCAGGGUUCUAAAGAUGGUAGAUAAAGACUCUCCACCCGAAAGACUCUGGUAUGAAGUCCAAACUCAACCAAACAAUGGGAUUUUAUCUUUCCAAGCUGACCCUCAGAGAUUGAUCACAGCCUUCACACAGAAAGAUGUAGACGACGGUGAUAUCAUUUUCACUCAGAAAGGACCACCCCUUCCAUCUUUCCUGGAGCUAAAAAUAACUGACGGGAAAUUCCCCAGGAAGUCUGUGACUGUAGCAGUGAGUGUUGUGUCCUUGACCUUGGAAAUUGUUACCAAUGCAACCAUUAACAUUCCUCAAGCUUCGACCUCUGUGUACAUUACCAGAAGUCAGCUUGAUAUCAGAACCAAUGGAGAGAGGGAGAAAAUAGAGUACACCAUUACCAGGCCUCCAUCUCAUGGACAGAUCUAUCUCAAAACCUAUCCGGUGACCACAUUUACACAACUGGAUAUUGAUAAUGACCACGAAGUCAUGUACGUCCAGAAUGAUCUCAACUUCCCAAAUGACAGAUUUUUUUGUGACAUUUCCUACCAAGGAUCUGAAUUCAUAUUAAGAAACAAGCUAAUCUCAGUAUCUGUAAAACCAUUUGUAAAGCAAAAACCAAUACAACUAUCCAAAGAGAACCAAACAGCUAUAACAUUGCAAAGUCUUGAUGCAAGGGGACUAGCUAACGUAACAGGAAGUAUUCCACAUUAUAAAAUUAUACACCAACCAAAGUAUGGCAUAAUAGUGAGUGUUGUUCGAAGAAAGAGAGAUGUACAGUCAGGUUACAUGCCAGUGGAGGAGUUUACCCACAGAGACAUUGAAAACAGAAAAAUCUUUUACAUUUUCAACCGACCUGUUCGAGGACAAUCAGAGGAUAGGAUGACCUACUUGCUGACCGCCAAAGGGGUCCAGCCUGCUCUGGGUCAACUAGUGUUUAACCUUCCACACAGUAGUGGAAUCAAUGGUUCAAAUGUGGAUGGCGUUGGAACUCGGGAAGUAGUGAGUCCUAGUGUUAGAAACGAUUUUGUUCUCAUUCUAGCCAUCCUCAUUCCUCUGUGCGUGAUCGUAAUUUUAGGAGUGAUAAUAGUGUAUCUUUUGUGGAGAAAACGAAGGUAUCCUAAUUACACUCCCCCGUCAGACAUGCAUAAAAACCGGUUACGACCAGAAAUAUCUGGUCCUAUUCCGCUAAAUCAACCACAUGUUCACAUUGAACCCAACGAAAAUGCAUCGGAUGAUGAGCAUUCUUUAGUGUAUGAACACCACAAUUACUACAAUGUUCCCGUGGUGAGAAGGAACGUCUCCGAGGACAGUAUUUCCGAUUCUCACGAGUACAGUAACGUCGGAGCAACAUCACAAAACCAAACAGAAGUUAGUGCUACAGUCCCAGAGUGCAAGGUCACGCCCCUGGGUGACCUCAAUUUAAGGGAUUCCAUCGUGUCGCGAUCGAGUGUGGACUUGUUUGAUUGGUCGGUGAUGGAUGAUCCAGAACUUUUACAGUAUUGUCGAACCUCGGCUCCCGUGUUGAAGGAUAGUCAAUACUGGGUCUAGUCCUGUGAUAUGUGUGCUUGUUGGAACUUUUCAAUCAGUGCACUUUUUGUUGCUUUAUAUUGUUUUUUUUUUAAACAUGUUAGAUUUUUGGGU